AUGUCUGCCCAAGCCACCAGGAGUUCUCUCAGUGCCAACAAGGAAUUCCUCCGAAGCUUCCCCGGGGUGGUGAGACUUCUACAGCUCGCCACCGGUGCCGCCGUCUGGAUCUCCAUCGCCUCCAGCAACUUCAACAACACCGUUCGCUUCGCCCUGUUCGUCUUUGUCUUCUUCUGGCUGGUCACCCUGCUCUUUUAUUUCAUCACCCUGCUGGACAAGCAGGACCUGGUCCCGUUACUUGGAGGUGAGCGAUGGCUCCUCACCAACCUCAUCUACGAUGCCCUGGCCACUGCCCUUCACAUCGCCGCCACGGCCAUCGUCAUUGUCACUAUCGAUAACCAUUCUUAUUGCGACAUCCCCAACUACAGGGGCGCCUGUUACUACAAGACCUACGUGGUGGCCUCCGUCUUCGCCUGUCUCUGCUGCCUCUUCUACGUCUCCACCACAGUCUGGUUCUCCGUCAAGAAAUGUAAAGGAAACAAGAGCGUCAUUUAG